ACAAAAUAGAUAUUCAUGAAUAAAUAAAUAAUUUUUGAAAAAACACAAAAUUCGCGAUACUUUUUGAACACACCUCGUAUGUACGCAAAGUGCAAAAACUUUUUUUAAAAAAUAAUACAGGUCGGCAAUUACAAUUGGUUGGACGUGAUCGUGUAAUAGUACAAUAUUUUAUUUUUAGACUUAUCAACACGAAAUUGGAUAAAUUGUUAAGAAAAAGAAAAAAUGUAAUGCCUGUAAAACCUACGUCGUUCCCUUUGUCAUCCGGAAGAAGUGAAAGCAUUUGAAGAUGUAAGCGAUGAAGCAUAUGAAGCUGCAGUUGAUUAUUUUAUAUUUCUCGGCGGAAGAAAUGUACACGAAGCAGUUAUCUUUUGCCUAAAAGAAUCAAUAUCAGAUCUGACAAUGUGCCACUACUCGACAUGGGGAGAGCGUGGGAAUCGCUCCUUGUACGAUACCAAAAUCAUUAAAGCCAUUUACGAUGCCGUUGCUACAAAUUUGCAACCACCUCCUAAUCGCGACGAAUUCUUCAGAGAAGUUUCUGAAGGUGUUCGUUUUGAUAAACAACGUAUUCGGAAUGAAAAUAUUGGAAGGGCGGCUAUUCGGGUUGGUAUACGUAAACGAAAUCGCAGAGCAGCCGACAACAAUUUAUACGGCGAUCAACACGAAUGCGAAGAAAAUGAAAAUGAACAAACGGAUGCUAGUGAAAAUUAAACUGGUAUUAUUCUUAAGAAGAAAAUAAAAUCAAAACUAUUAAAA